CUCCGUUCCUGUGCGGUUCGUGUUCUUGUUUGCUAAACAAUCGUGUGUCGGCUUCUUGUGUGUGGCUUCCCUUCCGGGCACAUAGCCUUUCCGGUUGUCCUUUUACCCAUUUCGAGGAUUCAGGUUAAGGUCUCGUGCGGUUGUGCGUCUAGAUGCCACCUGUUUUCUUUCGAGGCCAACCGACAGUGUGCCAGUGCGAAUAGAGUGUCCUUACCCCCGCAAGAGAACCCUGUUGAGUGCGUAAAAUAAACGAACGAACAACCGUUGUAGCUCGCCCCCGCUGGAGCCGAAAAUCCACGGGCUGCCGGUCGAGAAGUUUGUGCGAACGAACUCAUCCGGCGAACUAAAUGAGCAAAACAAUUAAGUGAAACCCGGUGGCCAUCAGCAGCUGUACGGUACAGGCGCGCUGGUGUGUUGUUGAGGCGGCAGUGAAAGAAUUCCUCCGGAAUUCCGACAUACCCCGGGAAAACUGCCCCCAGCUUGGGCCAAGAUGAGGCACCCCGAAGGUUGGUGGAGUCACUUUCGGCUUCACGAAGCUGGAGACCCUAGCGCGUGAAGCAACAACAGCCCAGUGUGUGUGUGUGUACGUGUGUCAUUAAAUCGGUGCUUCCAGAGUUCGAGUGGCCAAAAUCUGGCCCAACGGUUCUAUCUAUCCCAUCGGCUCGUUAGUGUGCUGUCCUCGUGUGCUGUGUCGUAGUGUCGCGGCACAACAACUCUUCCUUCGAAGGAUUCAUCUCUUCUCCCCUACGUCGCAUCCGCUAGUGUCGCGGCUACCCAGGACAACCGAAAUGAAGUCCACCAUCCUCUACCCGUACGGGCCACUCCGGGCUAAUGGGUGCUGCCGGAUGCUGCACGCCAAGCACUUGGCACUCACCAGCGCCAUCUACACGCUGAACAUUUCCAUCCUCGUAGUGCUGCUGUACUCGUGGCGUAUCAGCGUGAACGUGAAAAAGUACGGUGACCUGGAGGACGUGUACUAUGGUGUGCAGAUAGCGUACUUUGCCAUCAUCGGUACCCAGUGCUCGAUGAUUCUGCUGAGUGUGGUGCUGAUAUUCGGGAUCUAUCGGGAAAACAUCGGUCUGGUCGUACCGUGGAUAAUCGGAUUCAUUACCUUCAUGGCGCUCGAGGCGGUCGCGAUGGUGUACUCGAACGUGCUGCGUGAUCACGUCAACCGCCAGUUCGAUUCGCUCUGCAAGGCGGAAGUGGCGUUCUUCGUAUCGCGUGCCAUCAUCAAUAUACUAGCGAUGUGGGCCGUGACGCGAUUCUACAACCUACUGCGAGCCGGCGUCACCUGGAAGGGUCCGGAGCUGAUCGAACUAUGACACAACUCGAACGAGACGGAAAAGACGCUCG